AUGGGUGCCAGUGAACCAAUUCGGUCUUCGAUAGAAACCAGCAUUGUUGGGAAUGAAAAUUGCAAUAUUUUGAAAACAAAAGUUAAGAGGCUGAAGAAAUUUUGGAAUACUUUUUUUUCAUUUCUCAUAGGAUUGAGAAUGGAUUUGAAUAGGAAUGUGUAUUUUUUAUAUCGCACUGUAUCAAAUCUACGACUUUUUGUUUCUAUAAGUUAUAAAUAUAGGUCUAAAUGUAUUUUUAUUGUUAUGAAGCCUUCAAAAAGUCUUGUUCACAUAGGGAGGAAAAACACUGACGAAGUGAAUUUCACUAAAACUUACCGCAAAGAAAGUGCUUUUUGUAUUAACGUAGAUGACUAUCAAAAGUUAAAGGAUGAAAUGUUUCGGUAUUAUGCAAUGAAAUUACCGAAAUUCACACAGUCUACCUAUGGCAAUGAAGACACUAGGCGUCAUUUACAUCAAAGUAUAGAAGAACCAAUCACCCAUCUGAUAAAUAAUGAAAAGAAAUUGCUGUCAUUGGAGAAGGGAUUAUUUUCAUUGCUGACAUUUUGCCUCCAAUCUAUUCUUACUUUAAGACUUACAAAAGGCACAAACACUCCCGUUCAGUUAAUAAAUUGUACAUGGCAUCGGGAGCAGGAGAAAGAUGUGGCUGCAUCUAAAGUUACUCUUAAAACACCUCUGCGUAAUUUAAUCGAUUCACGGUCACCAAUUGGCUGCAAACAUUGUUCCAGCAAUUUUACCAACGCAAAGAAUAGUUUAGGAAAAAGACAACUCAAGGACUUCUUCCCUACAUUGAAAAAUGCUUUUAUGAAAGGUGUUUGUGACCGCCUAAUAAUAGUUUCUUGGGCAGAAAGGGACAUGAAAUUUAUAGCGAAAAUCCAAAUUAACUACUUUGAAGGGAAGAGUUUUAUUUGUGUUGCUAAGCUGAAUUUGUCGAAACAACUAAGUGGAAAUGUUUCAGAAAAAAGUCUUGAAAAAAAACUUGCACAUUUAAUACUGGCAUCGAAUGUGUUAAAUCCUCCGUACUUAAUUGCACAAGAUAAUCACCAAAUCAAUUUAUAUUUAAAAAAAGUAGAAACUACACCACCAGAAGAUCCACAGUCUGUAUACUUGAAAUUUAAGUCAUUAAAUCCAAAAUGGCCAUUUGUUCUAAGUCGUCAAGAUGAUUAA